UGCAUGUUGUGUGAUGAUGAUGGUUAUGAAACGUGUAAUUAAUAACCAGUGUGUGGUAGACGUAGCGAUGAUUAUUAUCAUCAUUAUAUAAUUAUGGGUAGCACCGAUAUGAAUUCGUCGUCUGCUCUAAAUGUCGCUGUUGUCGGGGGAGGUUUGGUUGGAUCUCUUGAAGCUAUUCUGUUGGCAAAGCGUGGAUUCAAUGUGGAGCUGUAUGAAGCAAGAGAAGAUAUUCGCACUUUGGAACAUGUGAGUGGACGAAGCAUUAACCUGGCACUGUCUGUCAGAGGGAGAGCUGCAUUGCAAUUGGUUGGAUUGGAAGAGCAGACUGUGCGUGAUGGAAUACCAAUGAAUGCCCGGUUAAUCCACAGUUUGUCUGGCAAACUUUCAUCUCAACCCUAUGGCAAAGAGGGCCAGUUCAUCUUGUCUGUGGAUCGGCGGCUCUUAAAUGAAACACUUCUAACAGAGGCUGAAAAGUAUCCCAACAUUCAACUCCACUUCUCCCACAAGCUACUCCAGGCUAAUUUGGACAAAGGAACGCUUGUGUUCAAGAAAGAGGAUGGGUCCGAGAUGACAGUGCAGCCAGAUUUGAUCAUCGGCUGUGAUGGCGCUUACUCCGCCAUCCGGAAACAGAUGAUUCGACUUGGACGUAUGAGUUAUAGCCAAGAAUACAUACCCCAUGGGUAUAUGGAGCUGUGUAUACCACCCAAAGAAGGCAAGUUUGCCACCAGAAUAAACUACCUUCAUAUCUGGCCGAGGGAUGAAUUCAUGAUGAUAGCACUGCCCAACAUGGAUGCCUCGUUCACAUGCACGCUGUUCAUGCCAUUCGCACAGUUCGAUCAGAUCAAGAACGAAGGAGAGACGGCUGGGUUAGAUUUCUUUAGAAAGUAUUUUCCUGAUGCCAUCCCCCUCAUAGGAGAAGAGGAGAUACAAGAAACCUUUCUGAAGAAUCGUGGGUUACCGAUGGUGUCGAUCAAAUGUUCCCAUUAUAACUACAAGGACAGAGUUCUGAUAAUGGGAGAUGCAGCCCACGCUAUGGUGCCCUUUUAUGGACAAGGAAUGAACUGUGGAUUCGAGGACUGCGUUGUACUGGAAGAGUUGUUGGAGAAAUAUAACAACGAUUUUGCUAAAGUACUCCCUGCAUUCAGUGAACAAAGAGCUCCUGACGCUCAAGCCAUGUGUGAUCUAGCCAUGUAUAAUUAUGUUGAGAUGAGAUCCCUCGUGAACUCCAGGUGGUUCCUGUACAAGAAGAAAGUGGAUAAAUUUUUAAACUGGCUGAUGCCGAAGAAGUACAUUCCAUUAUACACUAUGGUGACAUUCAGUCGCAUACGAUAUCAUUCUGUCAUACAACAGUGGAAAAGACAAGAUAAGUUUGUUGAGAAAACAUUGUUUUACCUGAUGUGCGUUCCAGCUGCCAGCAUCGGAGUCUUCAUGUUGAGUUACUUCAAACCAAGCACAUUCAGCUGGUUAAGAAAAUGAGUACUUCUUGGAAUCAUGUUGAGGUGAUUAUAAAAGAGGCUGAUACAAUAAAUCUGGCAUGCUACUUCUCAGCUAAAUGCCUUGUUGAAAACUGAACAAGAGUUAAUACUAUUUGUAUCCACAAUGUGGAGUUUCUGACAAUAAAUGGCAAAGAAAUGGUUGAAGCCCUUUCCACAUGGUAUAUGAUUCUCUUAAUUCUGUGGAAUACAUCCCUGGGGAUGUUGCAGGAGUUUUUGGGGUUGUUUUGAUGAUCAAUUGAGUCAAACAUUUCUCAGGUUUGUUUUUGUAUGCAUAUGGUUGGGAUACACCAAGUGAUAUUAAUGGUCUUUGACAAUUACUGAAGGUGUCCAGUGCCGUUACACACUGAUUAAAAAGAAGCAAAAAGGGCAACACAAUUAUGUUGAUUGGAGUUUGUAAAUACAGAUGUUUAUUACUUUACUGCCUACAUAAGAACAACAGUAAAGAAACUUUCUUGGGAAAAUGGGUUUCCUUGUGUGUGCCUUAUAAUUAAUUAGAAGGAAUGACCAUGGCAACUGGAUCUCACUCCAGCCAAUCAGGGCCCAGUUUCAUAAAGCUUGUAAGUAUAAAAACUUGCUAAGCACAGACAAGUACUGCUCAACAGAAACUGGAUACCCAAGUUGCAACUGGGGCCCCAGUCUCUUUAUGCUUAGCAAAGAAAUUUGCCAAGCAGUCUUUUCAGCUAUGUAGGCUGGAGUGCCUUAAAGGGUAUGGGUACUUUUUGUAACACAAAACACAAUGUCCACAGAUUUGCAUUAAACUUAAACCGUUUGAAGGUAAAGAUAGGAGAAAGCGUACCUUAAAAUAUUAGUUGCUGAGGUGCUGUAGUUUUUGAGA